AUAAUUGCACAUUGUAGUCCUGAUCGAGUUUAAUAAUACUUAAAAAUUACACUUUAACAAUGAAAAACUGUUAUUAAAAAAUAAUCGAUGCUAUUUUAGUCAUGUGAGCGCGUUUUCAGAAUGGAACGCGAAGCAGCUUUAUUGUUUUUGCAUAUGGCGCUGCACAUGCAUUUUUUUCUGCUUUACCAGGUUUAAAGACCUUAACAUGAAGCAAGAUUCAUAGCAGGUUUAGUCAUGUCUGUGCCGCUUCAACCACCAACGUCAUCUUUUCUCGCUCUUCAUUCUGAAACGCACAAGGACACGAUCCUGAAUAAAUUUGACAAGCUCAGAAGAAGAGAGAUGUUUUGUGACAUAACUCUUAUUGUGGAAGAUGUGCAAUUCAAAGCACACAAGGCCCUUUUGGCUGCGAGUAGUGAAUAUUUCUCAUUAAUAUUCACCGAUGAAGGACCGGUAAGCCAGACGCUCUACAAACUCGAUGGCAUGACGGCCAAGACCUUUGAAGCUGUGCUCGAGUUCAUCUACAGCGCAAAUGUGUCCGUGGAGGAGAGCAACUCUGAACAGCUGCUUGACACAGCCCGGUUCCUGGAGAUCCAAGAUUUGGUGAAAGCCCACGAGGACCUUCGAGAGAACAGUUCAUCUGCGAUGGUCAAAAAUGUGAUGUCCACCGAAAGAGAUGAUGAAGCUUUACAGACCAGGCCCAAGCGCAAAAGAGGCCGUCCAAAGAAGAACAUCCAAGCCCAAAAUGAGAAUAAAGAAACAGAGGCCACUGAAACCUCAACAUCUCAGGAACCUACUGAAGUUCUCUUAGAUUCAACCUCAUCACACAAAGACUUAAAUGACAGCGAAUAUAAACCCCUAAAAGAGAGACCUCGUCACAGCAAACGCAAAAUAACACAGCCGGUCAAACUGAGAGGCUUCAGGUUAGAAACGGAUCUCGUGGAGAGAUGUGAGCCGGGGAAAAGAGGACGAAGGAGAAAGUACCCAGACACAGAAGCCAGAUGUGUUGAUUGUGGGAAGGUUUUUAAAAGCCAUGUCUUUUUAAAGAUACAUCGGAGAACUCAUACAGGUGAAAAGCCGUUCAGAUGCAGCGCUUGUGGUAGGAGCUUCACUCAGAAACACACACUUUUAGUCCAUCAGCGCAUGCACACAGGUGAAAAGCCCUUCACCUGCACUAUCUGCUCUAAAGCCCUGUCCACAAAACACUCUCUACAGGAGCACAUGAACCUGCACACAGAGAAUAAAUCUUUCAGUUGUGAUCAGUGUUGUAAAAGUUUCAGUCAGAAGCGGCAGCUGAAGAGUCAUUACCGCAUUCACACGGGGAGACCUUUACCCGAAUGUGCACAAUGUCAACAUAGAUUCAUGGAUGCUGCCCAACUCAAGAAACAUCUCAGAACUCAUACUGGUGAAAAACCUUUCACAUGUGAAAUUUGUGGCAAGUGUUUCACAGCCAAAAGCACCCUACAGACACACAUCAGAAUUCACAGAGGAGAGAAGCCAUACGUCUGUAAUAUCUGUGAUAAGUCCUUCUCUGACCCCAGUGCCAGGAGACGUCACGUGGCCUCACACACGGGUAAAAAGCCCUUUACAUGCUCUUUGUGCGACCUAUCGUUCGCACGAAUGGACAACCUCAAAGCACACACCAAAAUUCACAGCAAGGAGCGCCCAAGCACCGACGCCGCAGAGCCUUCGACGGCUCCUGCGGAGGCUACUUCAGGGCCCGAAGAAAUGCACGGCAUCCUUCAGCUCCAGCCGUAUCAACUCCCGACCCACCCUGAACAAGAGAUCCAGCUGGUGGUCACCAGUGAGGUGGAUAACAUCAGCCUGGGUCAGGAUCAAAGUAUCAGCAUCAUAUCCGAUACUUCAGAGGAACCGGCUCUCACCCUUCUCACCCAACCAGCUGGACACGUCCAAAACCUGGCACUGGUCGCCCCGGAGGGAUUGGAUGCAGCUGCUCAAAUUCAAACCAUCAGUGUCCUUGGAGGUCAGGUGACCGGCGGGGAGCCCGAGCAGAUGCAUGUGAUCACGUUGACGAAAGAAGCCAUGGAGCACCUGCAGGUUCAUCACGGACCUCCACAGCAGCUCCAGGUGAUCCAUCAAACCGUACCACAGCUAUCCGUCUCCCAGGAGGCUGAAGGAAACGACCGUCCGAGUCAAACGGGAAGCAUUCACAUCGGCAACCAAAGCGGCCAGCCAAUCUCCAUCAGUCAGACCAGUGAACAAAUCACCAGCGACCAGAUUCAGGGUCAAACCUUUCAGAUUCAAGCAGGAACCGUCCAAUACCUCUACACCACCGGCAUGACCCCACAGAACUAAACAGAGACACUUUACUGUCUGAAACUCUAAACAAUGCUGGUGAUUUUUUUUAUGCAGUAAUGCUGAAGAAUUGAGAACAGAAUUUUUUUUAAAUAAUGGUUUAAUAUUGUUUCUAAUACAAGUAUUGCCAUCUAAACGUGUUAAUAGCACAAAACGCAAUAAACAGUACAGAUAAAAACAA